CAACGCGCGCGCGCGCUACACCCGAUAGAGACAGAGAGAUAGAUAAAUAGAUAAAUACAUUGGUAGAGAGUGAAAAAGAGAGAGAGACAGAGAGAGAGAGAGAGAAAGAGAGAGAGAUAGAAAGACAGAGAGAUAGAGAGAGAGAGAGAGAGAGUUACAAACUCUUAUAUGUAAACACAUAUAUAAGCGCGCGCGUACACGCUCACGAGCACGCUUACGUAUUAAAUACGUAUACGCAUAUAUAAAUAUAUAUAUAUUUAUAUAUAUAUAUAUAUAUAUAUAUAUAUAUAUAUAUAUACACACACACAAACGGAAGAAAAUAGAUUCUGUUUCUCUCGCAAAAGGUUCAAUGUUAUUAAUAUCGUCUACCAUUGUGUGUACAGAUUUGCCUAAGAAGCUGUGAUCGUUGAUAAUAAUCGUUAUUAUCGGUUUAAUAGUGGUGAUAGUGAAUGUGAUGAAAUAAAAACGACGAUGACGAUGACGAUGACGAUGACGAUGACGACGACGAUCACGACGACUACGACGAUGAUGAAGAUGAUCAUGAUGAUGUUGUUUUUGAUCGUGCUCCGAUAAGAUCGAUAUCAAUCGACGCAACAUCUAUCGCUUGAUAAACCGGAAGAAGGACUCGCGCGAAAAUCGAAUCCAUCCCCUUCUUCUCUUCCUCCUCCUUCUCCUCUUUCACUCCCUCCAUCUUCCAUGCGAUCUCGAGCUGACCACGUGUCGCGACCGGAACUACCGGUCCUGCCGAAUCCUGACCUACGACAAUAUCCAACUUCGAUCGUUCCUAUUAUCCUUUGAUCGAAACUAUACUUUUCUUUCUUAACAAAUUUUUUGUUUCCUAUCCGGGACACCUUCAUCCAAGUCUCAACCUUCUCCCCCUCCCGCCCUCUACAUCUUCACCUCAAUCGACAAAAAAAUUUAACUCGCCGGAGGAAAGAGUGUUCUCUGUCAAUCAAGAAAAAAAAAAGAAAAAAGAGAGAAAAGAACAUUUUCUUUUUUUUUUUUGCCUACUGAUCGCAUUCGGACGAACUCGAUUCAACGAUAAACGAGGUUAUGAUUAUCAAGAGAAGAAUCGAAGUCUCGAAGAGUGGUGUAUAUCGUUUGGAACGAGAGAUCUCUGCAUCCGGAAGUCGCGAACGGAUAUGUGCUACGAACUCCGAUCGUGAAGGAAGGAAAUGUGUUCUACGAGUGUUCCGAACUCGCCAGGCCGAGGAGAGAAAGUGUACGGACUUUCGAAGUGGCAUCGAGCGAGAAUAUUCAACGAGUGUCCUCCUCCUAUCAUCGGCCUUUUUCACUUCCUUAUUCUCCUCUAACGACGAUCAUUAUCGUUACGCUUAGAUUACGAGCUUAAUAAUUUUUUCCAUUCCUAUUCCUAUUUGUUUCUUUUUCCUUGUUAAAAAGAAAAGGAAAAAGCAAAAGAAAAACAAAGAAUACAAUUCUUAAGAAAAAGAAUUUACAUGAUGGAUUUAUGAUAAAUGAGCAUUAUCGGAUCAAAUACACCGAGUCGAUCGUCUAUGAUUCCUGUCAAUCAAGUUUCGAUGUCUGCAAACGUCACUGCCAAUAUUUAUUAUAUAUGUAUAUCUAUAUAUAUAUAUUUACAUGUAUCACUGUCUCUCUCUCUCUCUCUCUCUCUCUCUCCUCUCUCUCCUCUCUCUCUCUCUCUCUCUCUCUCUCUUUAGAUAUAUAUAUAUAGAUAUAUAGAUAUAUAUAUAUAUAUAUCUUCGAUCUCUUAUCGUCCAUUGUGAUUUUCUUUCGUUACCUGUUCGUCUUUGGAAACAUAUCACACGUCCUGGACUUCGUCCGAUCGAGAAAAGAAAAAGACUAAAGAAGAACGUCGACACUGCCAACGAUAGACUCGAUGAAAUCUAUGUAAUCGUUUAUUUGAACACUGCCAGCCACUAAGAAAGAAUCGAGAAGGUACAUUGAUCGUAAACGAUCGAACAUACGUAUAACGACGACGAGAUCGUUACAACGUUAGAUGCUUUUUAUGAUCAACGUCCAUGGAGACCGUUGAUCGUGGGAAAUGGUGAAAAAAAGUUAGCAAAGUUUCGUUACGUAAGGUUCCGCGUGAGCCUGCCAUUUUGGUCCACGCAGAGAGAAGUCUAGAACCGGCAACGAUAGUUCGUCAUGUGUUACGUCGAUGAACGAUCGAAACGUUAUUGAGAAAGAACGAAUACGAAAACAAAAAAGAAAACAAUAACAAAAUAAAUAAAAUAGAAAUAAAGAAGAAACGGACUGAACUUUACUAGUUGGUAGUAUCGUUCUGAGUGAGAGAGAGGGGGAAAGAGAGAGAGAGAGAGAGAGAAAACCGAAAAAAAGAACAAAACAAGAACAAAUUAUAUGUGCAAAAUAUUAUUUUACAACAAACGAAAAUUUAAUUUACAAUCGCAAAAAAAAGAAAGAAGAAAAGGAAAAAUAGAUCGAAAAGGAAAAAGGAGUGAGGAAGAAAAGAAAAGCAUUAAAAUAGGAAACGAAAGUUAAUCGUAAAGGGAAAAUUUUUUGAUUUCUCCUCGAAUGUCGAGGAACGCGUCAAAGAAAAUAAUUCGCGCGUGGACUAUCGCGAACGAGAGCGCUCGCACGAUCACAGAGAAAAUUAUUUACGUAUCGUGAGUGAGUGUGGAGGACGCUUUAAAACAGGUUGCCUAUGUUAGAUAUGGACAAAUAAAAGUUUUAGGAGGUCGAAGAAACGAAAAGAAAAAAAAGAAAAAAAAAGAAAGAAAGAAAGAAAAAGGAAAGAGUGACGACGAAAGGACGACGAUUCGAGAAUAAAAAGAAAAGUGAUGGGAAAUUUUUCGUGUGCGGUGUAUUUAGACACUUAUUUGUGACCGCGUGAUAUCGCAUCGAAAAGUGACGUAACAUAAAAACGAACUGUACCCAUCGUGACAUCCAACUCGUCAUCGUUAUUAUUGUCAUCGUCAUCGUCGUUGUCGUCGUAGUUGUCAUCGUUGUUAUCGUCAUCACCGUCGUCGUCGUCGUCCUCGUCGUCGUCGUCCUCGUCGACGCGUUUAUUUGUCGAAAUACAGCUCGUCCCGACGUUUCUCGACGUCGGUCGGGUCCCAAAAGAACACACGACUAUAAGCCAACGAUAAUUCAUAAUUUGGAUGUUCUAAGGAAAAAAAGAUGAAUUAUGACCCUUACGAGCAGCCCGUGUGAGCUAGACAACAUGAGCUUGUUUCAAGACCUCAAGUUGAAAAGGAGAAAGGUCGACUCCCGAUGUAGUAGCGACGACUCCCCGGUAUCCCUCGGAUCAGCAGGCUCGCCGCUCGGGAUCCAGCCGGCGGACGCACCUUCACCCAUAAACUUUCCUGCUCCAGGGGAGAGCAUGGCGGAUACCUCGACCCUGUCGCCAGACGCCAACAUGCCAGGCUCGCCGGACUGUCCCAUGGUCAAAGUGAAGAGCGAGUACGUCCUGGGCAGCCCGAGUCCAGGAACACCUCGAGAUCCUUUGCGAGUCACUGCCAUGAGUGGUGGUGGAAGUGGUGGUGGAGGUGGAGGAAGUAAUGGCGGAGGUGCUGGUAAUGCUGGAGGAGGAGGAGGUGUAGGAGGUGGUCAGGAAUUACGCGAAACAACGUGCUCGGACCGUGCUUCGCCUGAUUCGGUCUUCCCAGAUGCUGGAAGCAUGGUGGGAUUUAGGGUUAUCGAGGAACAGCAGCAGCAGCAACACCAUCACCAGCAGCAGCAGCAGCAGCAGCAGCAGCAGCAACAGCAGCAACAUCAUCACCAACAGCAGCAACAGCAGCAGCAGCAGCAGCAGCAGCAACGUUCCAACACACCAGCACCAAACAGAUCCUCGCCUUACUCACCCGUUCAAGCUGUCUCCACGACCCCAAUGCCUCUAGAACCGUCCUCAAGGAGCGAGAGUCCCGACAAAGGUGAUCUUUCGUCUGUCCAAAUGAAAGAGGAGUCCGACAAUUCGGUCUUCGACGGUGGAGGUGGCGGUGGCGGUGGUGGUGGCGGUGGUGGCGGCAGCGGCGGUGUUGGAGGGAAUUCCGGCGUUCGUACGGACACGUCCAGCCAGCCUAGUCACCGAAACAGUCCGUCGUCGCAAUACAAUCCGAACCAGAGCAUGAGCCCUACCGGUGGUUCGGCUCACGUCUCUCAACAGCAGCAGCAACAGCCGCAACAGGCAUCACCAAGGGCGCGAGCGCCAUCGGUACCGCCUCAUCUCCUGGCUCAUCAUCAAUUCUGGUCACAAAAUUCCGGCGUACAGGGAUUUGCCACGCAAAGGCUAUUGAACGGCGUAAUAAGUAGUGCCGUUAGUUAUGGACAAAAUGUUGCGACCGUUUCCACCAGUAGCUGCACUACUUCUAGUAGUAGUACGGGAACUGGUAAUAGCGGUGGUGGAACUUCCGGAAAUACGGGGGCAACCACAACGUCGUCUUCGUGCGAAGGAAUGAAACCACCGGCUCAAAGACCAGCCCCAGCACCACCCAGACCACCGCCCACGGUGAUCAUGGGAGAAAUCGGUGGCGUUAGGACUAUGAUAUGGUCAACGCCACCUUUGGACCCUGUACCACCACCCGCGGCUUCGUGGACCGCCACAGCCGCGGCUGCCUCUUGUUCCUCUUCCGAGGAAUCGGCGGCACAACUUCUCCUAAACCUCGGACAAGAGUCCAGAGGGAAACCACCUUCCGUUUCCUAUUCGUCCGGACCACCUCUCAACAUGGAGAGGCUAUGGGCCGGCGAUUUAACGCAACUGCCGGCUGCCCAGCAGAUGCAAGCCCUCAAUCUCACGGCAUCAGGCUCCAGUCAGCCUUGGGUGAGGAACGGCGGGGUCGUCAAGUCCGAGGCGGCCUCGCAAUCAAUGUCGGUCGCACCACCUGCCCCACCGUUACCGCCGCAAGAACACGAGGAAGACGAAACGCCCAUGAUCUGUAUGAUCUGCGAGGAUAAAGCCACGGGAUUGCAUUAUGGCAUUAUCACCUGCGAGGGGUGCAAAGGUUUCUUCAAAAGGACUGUACAAAAUAGGCGGGUGUAUACGUGUGUAGCAGAAGGUGGCUGCGAAAUCACAAAGGCACAGAGAAACAGGUGUCAGUACUGCCGCUUUAAAAAGUGUAUCGAACAGGGUAUGGUCUUGCAAGCCGUUAGAGAAGACCGGAUGCCUGGCGGAAGAAAUUCCGGUGCGGUCUAUAAUCUCUAUAAGGUUAAAUACAAGAAGCAUAAGAAGAGCAACAAAGGAAGUGGGAUGAGCGGUGGGAACAUGGGUGGCAUGGGUGGCGGCGGUAACGUUGGUGGUGUGAACGGGUCGGGAUCCCUUGGUGCCAAUAAAGGUACCAUGGGCCCGACGAUGUUGGACAAACACAUGGUAGCAGCUGCGGCUGCGCAUCACAGUCAGCAACAGCACGCACAGCUCGCUGGUAGCUUCCUUCAUCAUCACAAAAUUUCGUCGGGCGAUCCGCUCAACUCGCAACCUACUCCCAGCCAUCCAAGUCACCCUGCCCAUUCGGGCCACCUCGUCAAUGGAACGAUCCUGAAGACUGCUUUGACCAACCCUUCUGAGGUGGUACACCUACGGCAGAGGCUAGAUAACGCCGUUAGUAGUUCGAGGGAUAGAGCAUUUCCUUUGGACGCGACCCUCGCUAUGAUUCAAACGCUCAUAGAUUGCGACGAGUUCCAAGAUAUUGCUACGUUAAGGAACUUGGACGAGCUGCUGGACCAUAAAUCAGAUUUAAGUGAGAAGCUGUGUCAAAUAGGAGACAGCAUAGUGUACAAGUUGGUGCAGUGGACCAAAAGGUUACCGUUUUACCUUGAGCUGCCGGUUGAAGUUCACACGAGGCUGCUCACUCAUAAGUGGCACGAACUCCUCGUGCUGACCACCUCCGCUUAUCAGGCGAUGCACGGUCAGCACAAGUUCACCAAUGUGGCCUCGGAUGAGACGGGCGCGGAUUUUAUGCAAGAAGUUUCCAACAACAUGUAUACGCUGCAAACGUGCCUAACUAGCAUGAUGGGCCGACCGAUAACCAUGGACCAAUUACGGCAAGACGUAGGGCUCAUGGUGGAAAAAAUAACUUAUGUCACGCUUAUGUUCAGGCGGGUGAGGCUACGGAUGGAGGAAUAUGUCUGUCUAAAAGUGAUCACCAUGCUCUCGCAAGCACGAGGAGGUACACUGGAGUUAGAACAGAUACAAGAACGGUACAUGAGCUGUCUGCGAAGUUUCGUCGAACACAGUGCGCCACAGCAACCAGGUCGAUUUCACGAUCUUCUCGUCAGGUUGCCGGAAGUACAAUCAGCGGCAGCUCUACUUCUCGAGAGUAAAAUGUUCUACGUUCCUUUCCUAUUGAACUCAGCAAUUCAAAGAUAGUAAAUAAAAAAGCUGACGAUAAACGAAGCUAAAUUACCUAUAUACAUACUAUACAUACAUACAUAUACAUAUUAUACAUAUAUAUAUACAUAAAAAGAAGAGGUCAAAAAGAACCCGACACAAGACACGAGAAAGAGAGAAGAAGAGAGAGAAAAAAAAAGCAAACAAAGAAACGAAAAACCCCGUAAAAAUGGACUCGGACAUAGAGAGAUAGAAGGGGGAAAUGCUUUGUUUGUGUAUGUAUGAUAUAAUUAUAAAAAGUAUAUAUAUAUACAUAUAAAUAAUAUAAAUAAUAAUAUAAAUGUGUGUGUUCGUUGCGUUGUACAAAACGAAAGAGGAUAAAAUGUGAGGGAGAGAAAGAGAGAGAGAGAAAGAGAGAGAGAGAGAGAGAGAGAGGGAGAGAGAGAAAGAGGUUCCAAGGAAAAGGGAUGAAUAAAAGAAAUGGAUAAAAACUUGAAGAGAGAAAAAGAAAGAGAGAGAGAGAAGGAAAGAAGAGGAAACGGAAGGAAGAAGGAAACGAAUGAGGAACGCUUGGAAAUUUGAAAAAAAGAUGGAAAAUAAUAGAGAGAAUCUGGAGAGAAAGAGAGAGAGAGAAAGAGAGAGAGAGAGAGAGAGAGAGAGAGAGAGAUUGAAAGAUUGGAGAAAUUGAGAGGGAGAGAAAGAGAUAGAGAGAAAGAGUGAGAGAUUGAUGGAGUGCGCCACCUCGAGAUAGGAAAUCAAUCGAGGAGGGGAACUGAACUUUUUUAUCGAAACUAAAAGACUAUAAUAAUAUAUUUCUGUACGCAGUACCGCGCAACUACGUCACUGUGUGUUCACAUUGCAUAAUCCGAUCGAUAGUAAGACUCUCGUUACCGUACGCUCACCGUAGGCCACCCUACAUAAAUGUACUGUCACUCUCCACCACUCUGAACCGAACGAAUCCACAGCCUGACGACAAGCCUUAAGGGACGGACGAGAAAGAUACAAAUAAAUGGGAUACACUAAAAAAGAAAGAAAGGAAUGUUAAAAAGAAAAAAAAGAAAACAAAGAAAGAAGGAAAUAAAACAAAACAAAACAAACAAACAAACAAAAACUAAGAAAAAAGAAGCGAAAUCUAUCCAGUACAGCGACGAUAAUGAUAAUGAUGAUGAUGAUGAUGAUGAUGAUGAUGAUGAUGAUUGAUGAUAAUGAUAAUUGAUGAUGAUAAUGAUGAUCGUUUACGCGUUUUGCUCGUUAGGUGAUUUCAGUGAUCGAGCUCGGUCAUUUCAUGAAUGAGAUCUACUUUCACGAAUGAACUGAAUACAUGAAUUCUGACAACAUAUUUAAGGUACAUCAAAUUCGUACGGACGAUUAUUCAAUCGAAUCUCAUCAUUCUAAUAAACGUAGCAAUAUUAGUGAAAACGUAUUUUUUUGAGAGAUUAUCACGAUGUCACCAAUCGUACAGGGUACUUCAAUCCUCCUCGAGGAUAUUUUUCGCAUCAUCGUACCGGCUAAAUACUUGUUUCUCUUCUAUAUUUUCGUGAAAACGGAUAUAUAUAUAUAAUUUAUAAUAUAUAUAAUAUUAUAUAUAAUAUUAUAAUAUAUAUAUUAUAUAUAUAUAUUUAUAUAUAUAUAUAAAUUAUACAUAUAUAUACAUACAUAUAUUAAGAGAAAAAUGUUCGCAAUAUCACAUUAUCAUUAUCUCUAGCCGUCGAUUUGAUUAUUAUUCUCGACGACGCUGUCAUUGUCAUUGUCAUUAUCGUCGCUUUUUAUAAUCACUCACUCACCGUAUUUACAGUCCAAGCGCGCAAUACGAGAAGACUAUAAUAACGUCGUUUCGUUUUUCUUCUUCUUCUUCUUCUUCUUCUUCUUCUUCUACUGCUACUACUAUUACUACUACUACUAUUAUUAUAUACCUUGUUUUUAUUAUUUUAUUAUUUUACGUUUUAUCUUUGACACUAUGGUAAAUUUUAAUGGAUAGUAAGACGCAUCUCUCAUCGAUUAGCGAACAUUCUUUAUCGUGUUGUUUUCGAUCUUAUCGAACGUUUCGAUUUUUCUCCACUUCAUAUAUAUACAUAUAUAUAUAUAUAUAGAGAUAUAAAAUGAAUAUAUAUAUAUAUAUAUAUAUAUAUAUAUAUUAUUAGAUCUUAUAUCUAUUAUUUUCUCUUCAUAUAUAUAAUAUAUAUGUAUACAUACACAGACACACAACGCUUAUCUAUUUUUUUAUUUUAUUAUUAUUUUUAUAUCCGCAAACAAUUUUUUACAAUCUCGUACUAUCUUCCGUACGGACUCGACGAUAAGAAAACUUUCAUUGACUAACGCUUUGGAGUAAAAGAAAUUCUCUUCAAUUUUAUCUUUAAAAGUUUGUCUCGAGAAAAGAUAUCGAAACGUUCGGGAAAGACUCGACGACGAGACUUUCAUAUUUUUUUAUAUUACUCCACGCUAAGAUUGACUGCGAUAAUUUUUUUCCUAGUAUUACGAGCGACUACAGUCGACGUAUAAAUAGAACGAUCCUCGCGAAUUCGAAAAAUAAUAUUGACCGACGUGCUAAUAGAGAAAGAGGGAGAAAUAGAUAAAUAGAGAAGGAAAAUAAAAUUGAAAAGAAGAAACGAGAAGGAAAUUAAUUUAACAAAAGGAAAGAGCGCAAUAAAAAAAUAUUCGAUAUGCUGUCACGUUUCCAAUGAAUUUUCUAAUGUCUUUCUUUUUUUUCUUUUUUUUAUUCCAAAUUUUUCUAAAAUUUUUCGUCAAUAUAAAUUCGAACAUUGCUAAAACAUUGCUAAUUUGAAUUGAAUUGCUAAACGAUUCUAAACACUGCGACGUUUGUGAUAAUCGAUUUCAAUCGUGAAACACCGAAGGUCGACAAAUUUCGUAAUCGAUUCAAUUAGUUGUGUGGUUCAAAAAUCAGAGAAACGAGAGAGAGAGAUAAAAAAAGAAGAAAGGAAAGAAUUAUGCAUGCAGAUGCAUAUAUACAACAGAAUAAAAAACUGGUUAAAAAAGAUUGUCCGCUUGAUAUAAAUCAUUCUUUUUAAAGAUCUAUCUCGAUCCUCGUAUAUAUAAAUAUACGUACGUAAAAAAUAAAAAAAAAACUUCGGAAGAAAAAGCAAUAAUUUAACUUUCUAUUCCAUCGCACAGGUUCAAUCGACGCGAUUACUUAGUUUCUUGUCUUCUUUUGCAGAAUUUUGUUAUCAGUGUUCGCGAUCAACGAGAACGAUUGACGAUUUUCUUUCACAUUCGAAAAAUUGCAUUAAUUCUUUAAGAUGAUAACGUGAUAACGGACGAUUGCAUUUACUCGAUAAUUUUUCAUGAUAUUGAAAACAUGAUUGAUUGCACCAAUAAUCUAUCUUUUAAUUGCAUCACUAUUUUUUGUCAUCUUUAUCUAACAAACAAUAUGGUUUAUAUAAACAAUACAACAACAACAGUCAAUUCUCGUAUAUAUACAUGUAUAUAUAUAUAUAUACACACACACACACACACAUACGUAUAUGCAUACAUAUAUACAUAUACAUAGACAUACACAUGCACAUACACGCACACACAAAAUAAUAAUCGUACCUAUAAUAAUAUAUAUAAAAUAAUUAUAUAUGUAUGUAUAUAUACACACACGCAUACACACACACGUAUAUAUGUAUGUGUAUGUGUGUGAACGUAUGUGUAUAUAUACAUACGUGUAUGUGUAUAAUAAUCUUGAUUUCGAUAAGAAGGAAAAGAAAUUUUUUUUAUAAAAAUAAUUAAAGACUGCCUUUUUUCGUUUAGAGAUUCGUCCAUUAUACAAAAUAACAUUCCCUCUAAUUCGAUUUCUUUUCGAAACGUUCGAAAAUACGUCCGUCGGACUCGUGAUCGUGAGAAAAAAAAAAUAAAGCCAUUAUCGGGCACGAGAAGAAGAAGAUGAAAAAGAGUUACGCGUAUAUAUACUUACAAUUAGAAAAACACGCAACACACGCAUACACACACGCGCAGAUUAAAAUAGGUUCGAAGAAAGAAAGAAAGAGAAGGAAAGAAAGAACGAAAGAAGGAAAGAAAAAGGAAAGAAAUGAAAAGAAAAGAAAAGAAAAGAGGGAAAAAAAGAAACAAAAAUAAAAUCAACUAUACACGGACCUUGGGCCUACUAGCCUAAGGAUACUUGUCCAUAUUAUAAGACUUAACUAACAAUGGGAUACUUCAUACGAUUUAAAACGAUGUAUAUUAUUCGUGGUUAAGGGAUUGGGUGUAAGGGUUACUGUAUUCUCCGAACAUCAUCGUAAAAACUUAUGUUGGUGUGUUAAAUAACGUAAAAAUUUUCAAUCCGGUAUUUUAUAUGUCAUCGUUUCUUUAUAAACUCGAUGAACCCUAAAAAUUUUCACCACCUUCGUUACGAUCCCUGUGUUCCUAUUUAUUAUUAUUAUUAUUAUUAUUAUUAUUAUUAUUAUUAUUAUUAUUAUUAUUAUUAUUAUUAUUAUUAUUAUUAUAUUUUAAUUAUUAUUAUAAUUAUUACUAUUAUUAUUAUUAUUAUUAUUAUUAUUAUUAUUAUUAUUAUUAUUAUUAUUAUUAAUAUUAACAAGUGUGUAUAUAUUCGUACAUAUUAUAUAUAAUAGGAAUGAUUAAUAGAAAAUAUAAUUGCUAAGAAUCUGGUAUUAUUUUGUUGAAAAUUAAAACGCGCAUCGCGAUGUCUGGGAAUACAGCAGCUGCUUACAGGAGAGCUAAAGCGUUGGAUCAGCAAGACUUAGGGCAUCAUAUUACCGAGAGUAUUAUCAUGCCCAACCUUUAAUAUUUAAG